AUGCCAGAGUCAUCACCAAAAGUACCAAGAGUAUCACUUUCAGGAAUAUCUACACAGUUGGCCACAUCUUCAACUACAUUGAAUGCGACGUCUGGUGGUCAGGACUCACCUCGCGGAUCAAAGACACCAACAAAGUUGACACCAAGACGAAGCAAGGACAAGGACAAGGAUGAUCACACAGGAAGUGGAAAUAGUUUGAUUGAUAAAUUCCCACCUCUGGCAUUAAUAUCACCGAGGAAGAAACAUGGCAAGAAGAGAUCGAGCAGCAUAAGCAACAACAAUCAUUCACCAACAAUUCAAUCACCACUCACAGAUGCCAUCACAAACAAUCCAUCAGCCGACGAAUCUUACUCCUCUUCCUCAACUUCCACAACGACAACAACUACUACUUCUAUAUCAACAACAACAUCAUCAGAGAUCAUAACAAAGAUUGAAGAGUUGGAUUCAUCCAAGUUAUCAUCAUCAAUCACAGCAUCAAUAUCUGACUCAUUUUUAUUUGAAUCAGAGUCGACUUCGGUGUUUGGCGGGUCAGACUCCCAGACAAAGGUUGCAGAGGACACUACAUCGGAUGUACAAUCAUUGGAAUCUGAUCAGAAACAUAGUGGAACACCUCCAUCAUUCGAAACAAAUGAGUUACCAGUCAUCAAUAUACCAGUGAAUAGCAAUAACUCCAGUCCAAAGAAGAGCUUGUUCUCAAUAUUCCGAAGGAACAAGCCUGCCAGCACCAACAACACCCCGAUACUCAUACCCGAGAAGUCACCAGCAGGUGGUGCUCCCAAGUCAGCUCAUCUGUCCUCGGCCAACUCUGGUGAUCAGAAGAAGAACACUCAAUCUCAAAGACAACUGUCCAAUAGUUUGGACUCGACUUCCACCCUUCGUGUCUCGCAGACUAUGCCAAACAGUGCCAUGUCCAGCCCAUCGCCCAACAUAAUGCCCUUCUCACCUUUGGUCAUGUCCAGUGGAACCAUCCCCUCAUCACCCCUCCGCACAUCAAUCCUCCAGCAAAAGCCCAGGGGAUCAGGUGCUUUGCAAAACUCCCUGGGCGUGGGGUCCGCGACCAAAAAGGGCCACCAACACGAGUCCAAUCUAUCAUUCAGCAAUAGCAACACAACAAGUACAAGUAGUACAUCAUCAUCAUCGACAACAUCAUUGAGAUCACCAGCAGUAUCAACGACAUCAACAGCCCCGCUGUCUAUGCACACCUCCUCCCCAAGCACUGUGGCGACUGACACGACAUGGCUGAUGAUGGCGUCGAACUGGGAUGACUGGUCAGACGCGAGCAAUCGUGCGUUGCUCACCAAGUACGUCUACCAGGGCAUCCCCGACCGCUUCCGACCGACAAUGUGGUACAACAUGUCCAACAUGAUACAGCAGCUGUCGUACAUACCGUCGUGCACCGAGCUGGCCAUGAAGUACAAGCAGGAGCAGCUGCAGCCGCUCACGCCCAUCUCCACGCCGUCGAUGCGCGGCCAGCUCAUGUCAUCCUCGUCAUCAUUGGCCAUGUCCCCGCCACCCCUCGACACUGCCAAUGGCAACGCAACAUCGUCUCGAACGUCGCCAAUCACAUUGUCUUCAUCAUGGCCACAUGCUCAGCAUCAGCAUCAACACAAGCACAAGUGCUUCUACAACAGUAUACUGAAGUAUCCAUCGGAGCAUGAGGAGCAGAUUGAUGUUGAUAUACAGCGUUCUUUCAUUGAUAUACCCGAUCAGCAACGCGAUAUUUACGCCGACUCGCUGAGACGUGUGCUCAAAGCCAUCUCGCUGUACGACUCUGAGAUGGGCUAUUGUCAAGGCAUAUCAUUCAUUGGAUGCAUACUCAUCACACGUGUACCAGAAGAAGAGACAUUCCACAUCCUACUACGACUGCUCGAAGGUGUCAUGCGAGACUUCUACAUCAUAGGAAUGCGAGGACUUAAGCUUAGAUUAUUCCAACUUAGUAGAUUGAUGCGAGAGUUGUUCCCUAAGCUACACAAACAUUUGGAGUCGAUUGAGUUGGACUACACCAUCUUUGCGUCACCAUGGUUCAUGACAGCAUUUGCCUAUCACUUGUCAGAGGAAUGUGCAGUUCGUAUACUCGACGUCAUCUUGCUGCAGGGCAUCGAGGCAUUCUUCUCAGUGGGCCUGGCAAUCUUCCAAACGAUCGAGGGCGACUUGCUCGAGUGCGAAGACUCAUCUCAAGCCAUGGAGUUCUUCCGAUGCAACGCCAAGCAACGAAUCGAGAUCAACGCGUUGAUGGACACAGCGGCGCGCAUCCACAUCAGCGCCAGCCAGCUGGCCAACUUUGCCGCGCAGUUUGAGCAGGAGAACCCCAAGCCGGUGAUCCCGAGCGAGUUCAACCCAGAGGCGGCGGCGCCCGAGAAGGUGCGCAACCCCAACUGGGUCGUUAAGAAGUACAAGAUGAAGGAGUACACCAGCAAUCUCGAAGAGGAUCUGGCCGUGAUGAAGCGUGAGCUGUACAGCAGCAUGCUGCGAAAUGAUGAGGAGCGCGCCGAGCUGUCCAAGCAUCUGCAGGAUCUGGCCGAGCACGAGUCAUCACUACUACAAGAGCGUGCCAUACUCGAGGUCAACAACCAGCAACUGUCCAAAGAGAACCAAAAGCUGCGAGAGCAGCUCCAAAAGGCCAGCUCGUGCAAUGAGUACUUGGCCAAAGAGAUGCAUCAACUUCGCGCCAAAGUGGACAAGGAGGUGUGGACCAAGAAUCCCAAGCAAGAGAUCAAAUGGGUAUAG